GUUGAAGAAUCAAAAAUUACAAAAAAUCAUUUAGAAGGUUUGGAAAAUCAAUUAAAAACAGCAAAUAAGGAAUUGGAUAUGUUUAGACAACAAGAAGCGAGUAAAGAGGAUUCAUCUAUUCAAAAUAUACUUGAAUUGCAGAGUAAAUUGUUAUUAGAGAAAGAUGAUCAAAUUUCUGGGCUUUUAUCUGAAGGCAAAAAAUUAUCAAAGAAUGAACUUGAAUAUUGCACAAGUUUAAAAAAAUAUCGAGCAAAAGAUAUUGAACAGGAAAAUCGAUUGAUCGAUCUUCAAAAGAAAUAUGAUAAGGCCGCCUCAGAGAUAACCGAAUUGUCAGCUAAAUUAAAACAAAUGCAAGAAAUUGAAAAAAAGAAUAGUUAUAACUUGAAGAUGAUUGAAAGUGAACAAGAAAAGAAGAUACAGCAGAAUUUGAAAUUAGAGAUUGAUAUUGCUGUAGCAAAAGAAGAGCGAGAUAAAUUACAACGUCUUUUAGAUCGGACCAAUGCGGAACUCAAAGAAGCACUUGAUAUCAAUGCUACUUCAUCUUCACAAGUACAAGCUGCAGCUUUGGAAAAGGAGAUUCAAAUUAAUGAAAGACUUCAUCAUGAGCUAGAACAGUUACGCACCGAAUCAGAGAAUACAGAAAAUGCUUUGCGGUUAGAGGUGUAUUCGCGAGUUGAGAACAACACUUGCACGAAUCGAAGAGCAGACUGGUUUAAGAGAAGAUAUUUACGUCAUGAAGUGUUGGUUUUACAACAACGAAUGCAAAUUGCUGAGGCAGCAGCACAAGAUGUAACAUCAGGAGAAUGGGAGAUAGAGCGUAUUCAGAUACUUCGACGCAUAGAAGACGUACAAACACAACAUGCACUGUCU